ACGUAUUGUAGAAUGACCUUAAUCAAUCUUCUUGCUGCUUACGUCUUACUGCUCGAAUUUUUCUCUAUUUCCGGGUAGUCUUUUGUUCGCCUCCGUGGCGGUUGGAUGUGGUUCCUGUAACUACGCAUAUUUUUUGAUCGUUGGGACUGCGUACGCGUUGUCCCUGUUUUCUUUUACCUCUGCUGGAAAAUAGCCUUACAGAAUUUAAUCUAUCUACACCGUGAGAGUGGCGUUGGAGCAGUAUCCUAUUUUGCUCAGAGCCAUUUAUUGAAUUGAAUUGAAUGGAAUUGAAUUCUAUUUCCGGGCCCUUAAAGCCGGCGGGCGGCACACGGUGCUUGUUUUGUGAUGGAUUUAGUGAAAAGAUGUAGUAACGUGUUAGAAUUUCUUAAUAUAUUACCAAAUCUCACUAGACUCUGAACGGAAAUAAGAGCACCGCAGUGUGUCGCCGGCUGUUAAGAAGAAUUGUGCUAAAUAGCAAAACAAAGCAAAAUAGCGUGACGAGCUGCAGGCAUUUAAAAUCAUAAAAAAGAAUUAGUUGAAAAUUACAUUACGAGGAUGUCUGCUAAAUCAAGAAAAAGUUUAUCAACAUGGUCCCAAUGUGACAAAUGUCAAAUUGUCCUGACACAGAAAGAUUUAUCAUUACACGGAAAGGAUUGUCCACCUUGCGUGGGAAACAUUGAGAGAGAAUAUUCUUAUAUUCUUGAUGGAAUUUUGUACAGCACUGUAGAGCUUUAUCAGUCCCAAGAAUUACCAAAACAUGUCUCUGAGAAGGCAUCUAAUUUUAUGGUGUUUAUAUCGUCGUCUGCUAUGCAAUUGUGCAAUAUUGCAAUUGGUGAUGCAGUUGUAGUUGAGACUAACAGUGUCAAAGUUGUUAAGACAGCAUUCCCGACGAAUGACACAAGUUUAAUAAGUGCCUCUUUAACGAAGCAAGCCAUUGAGCUGGAUAAUCUAAAUGGACCGAUGAAAAUAUAUUUAUUGGAAGAUAAUAUCCAUAUCGCUAAGGAGAUUGUACUUAAACAAUUGAGCAAAUGUUUGAUAUGCGAGAGCGCAGCUGCAGAAGUUGAUAUUAUCUUAAAGUGUUUCAAUGAACACAAAAUUUUUACUCCUGAUAGUAAAAUAAUAAUACCAUUUUAUGGAAAGAAGUUGAUGUACGAAAUUGUUCGCAUUAAAACUGAGGGUGAAAAGGGGACACGAAUCAGAGCAACGACUGAAGAUGAUUUGCCGAUAGCUUUAGAGAGAAUGAAUCUGGAAAGUAAGCCCCUAGAAGUGGAUUAUUUUAAAGCGCUAUAUUCUACCAAAUGGACAAUACUUCCUAGAGAGAAGGAUAGAGAUGAGGAAAGUAUUUUGAAGAAAACAUAUGAGAUUAAAGAUAUAGGAGGAUACGAUGCUCUCAUAGCUGAUAUAAGAGAUGUAGUUCAGAUAGGUAUCGGUAAGUAUAAAAGUGUUAAAAAUUUCGGUGCUAAUAAAGGAGUAUUGUUACACGGCCCUGUUGGUGUCGGCAAGUCUCUGAUAGCUAAUGCUAUAAUCUCAGAAUGCAAUGCGAAAGCGUUCUUCGCUCACAGUUCGGAUAUUUACUGUAAAUCUAUCGGCGAGACGGAAAAUAGACUCAAAGAUAUUUUCAACAAAGCGAUGUCAGUCACUCCCAGCAUAAUACUGUUGGAAGACUUGGACAGCUUAUGUCCUAUGAAAAACAGCAGCACUACAGAUCACGGGACAAGAAUUCUUGCGCAGUUAACGACACUGUUCGACAAUCUACAUAGCACAAAGAGCGACGUAAUAGUGAUGGCUACAACCUCGAAACUAUAUUCCAUAGACUGUUCUCUUAGAAGGCCCGGCAGAAUAGAUGUAGAAUUUGAAGUUUACGUACCAACUCCGAACAUGCGUUUGGAAAUUUUGACGAAAUUAACUUCGAAAAUUCCCAAUACGCUGUCGGACCAGAAUUUGGAGGGUCUUUCGUUAAAUACUCAUGGCUUUGUUGGUGCGGAUUUACACGGUUUAUGCUCCAAAGCGAUAUUCAGUGCGGUGAAACGCCAAGAGAGAAAUGCUCUUUUGAAACAUGCUGAGAAAGGAGAACAUGUAUCCUUUGAUACAGAACCAAUAGUGACGAUACAAGAUUUUAAUUGCGCUUUGACUACAACAAAGCCUUCAGCUAUGAAGGAAAUCCUGGUGGAAGUACCGAAUGUAAGAUGGUCGGAUAUUGGUGGGCAGAAGGACUUGAAACUAAAACUAAAACAAGCUGUCGAAUGGCCGCUAAAGUUUCCCGGCGCUUUCAGGAAAAUGGGCAUUGCACCUCCGAAAGGUAUCUUGAUGUACGGACCACCAGGAUGCUCGAAAACCAUGAUCGCGAAAGCUCUCGCCACCGAAAGCAAAGUGAACUUUCUGAAUAUUAAGGGUCCGGAAUUGUUCUCAAAAUGGGUCGGCGAAUCCGAAAAGGCUGUAAGGGAAGUUUUUCGAAGAGCAAGGCAGGUAGCACCGUCUAUCGUGUUUAUCGAUGAGAUAGACGCAUUAGGAGGCGAGAGAAGCUCAUCUUCCGAUGGUAAUGGCAGCAAUGUUCAAGAACGAGUACUGGCUCAAUUACUGAUCGAACUCGACGGCAUUACUGCCCUAGGAAGCGUUACAUUGGUAGCGGCUACUAACCGACCAGAUAAAAUUGACAAGGCACUUCUGCGACCUGGACGAUUAGAUCGUAUAAUAUACGUUGGAUUGCCAGACGAAGAAACCAGACAAGAAAUAUUUGACAUAAAAUUGCAAAAGAUGCCAAUCGCGAAAGAGAUAAACGUUGCAGAUUUGGUUUGCCUGACGGAAGGUUACACCGGCGCGGAGAUUCACGCGAUAUGCCACGAAGCUGCCAUGAAAGCAUUAGAGGAAAAUAUUAACGCUGAAACAAUUACGAAGCAACAUUUCAAGGCUGCAUUGGCACUUGUCACUCCUAGAACACCUGUCUCACUGAUCAAACUUUAUGAAGAUUAUAGAAAUAAUAUUUUGUGAUAAUCAUGGAAGA